GACCUGAUGGGGCGGGUGACGGUGAUAGUGAAUGUGGCCUCGCAGUGCGGCUACACGGAGGCCAACUACCGCGGCCUGUCCCGCAUACACCAGCGGUACAAGGACUUUGGGCUGGAGUUUGGGCAGCAGGAGCCGGGCACCCACGCCGAGAUUGAGCAGUUUGUGAGCACCCACUACGGCUCCCAGUUCCCGCUCAUGAGCAAGGUGGAGGUCAACGGCGCCUCGCAGCACCCCAUCUUCGCCUGGCUCAAGGUCAACUCGCCGCCAGAGCCAGGGCGCCCCGAGGGCGAGGACAUCCGCUGGAACUUUGCCAAGUUCCUGAUCGACAAGUACGGCCACGUGGUCAAGCGGUACAGCUCC